GUCAUGCUGUCCUCCCGCGCCCCGCUCGCCGCCCGCCACGACCAGCCCCGCCUGUCGCCGGACAAGAAGCUGGUGCCGCUGGCCAGUCUGUCGCCCCUGGAGGGCCUGGCGCUCAGCGACAAGGAGAACACGCCCCCCGCCCUCAGCAGCGCCCGCGUCCUUGCCAGCAAGGCGGCCCGCAAGAUCUUCCAGGAGGCGGACGGGAAGCCGGUGCCGCGGGGCGCGCAGGAGGACGAGCCGCUGCUGCGGGAAAACCCCCGCCGCUUCGUCAUCUUUCCUAUCCAGUACCACGACAUCUGGCAGAUGUACAAGAAGGCCGAAGCCUCCUUCUGGACGGCGGAGGAGGUGGACCUUUCCAAAGAUAUACAGCACUGGGAGUCUCUGAAGCCCGAGGAGAAAUACUUCAUUUCUCACGUCCUCGCCUUCUUCGCUGCCAGCGAUGGCAUCGUCAACGAAAACCUGGUGGAGCGAUUCAGUCAAGAAGUACAAAUCACAGAAGCUCGUUGUUUCUAUGGCUUCCAGAUUGCCAUGGAAAACAUACAUUCUGAAAUGUACAGUCUUCUUAUCGACACCUACAUUAAGGAUUCUAAAGAGAGGGAAUUUCUUUUUAAUGCCAUUGAAACAUUACCAUGCGUUAAAAAGAAGGCUGACUGGGCAAUGCGCUGGAUUGGGGACAAGAAAGCAACAUAUGGAGAACGUGUAGUAGCUUUUGCAGCGGUGGAAGGAAUCUUCUUUUCUGGCUCCUUUGCAUCAAUUUUCUGGCUGAAGAAAAGAGGAUUAAUGCCUGGGCUCACCUUUUCUAACGAACUCAUCAGUAGAGAUGAGGGCUUGCACUGUGACUUUGCCUGCCUCAUGUUCAAGCACUUGAUACACAAACCAUCAGAGGGGAGAGUAAAGGAAAUUAUCAUGAAUGCUGUUGUCAUAGAACAGGAAUUCUUGACGGAGGCACUGCCUGUAAAGCUGAUUGGCAUGAACUGCACUUUAAUGAAACAGUACAUAGAGUUUGUAGCAGACCGGCUCAUGUUGGAACUGGGAUUUAACAAGAUAUACAAAGCGGAGAAUCCUUUUGACUUCAUGGAAAACAUCUCUCUGGAAGGCAAGACCAAUUUCUUUGAGAAGCGAGUAGGUGAAUAUCAGAGGAUGGGAGUCAUGUCCAAGCCCACAGACAACUCUUUCACCCUGGAUGCGGAAUUUUAAAUUAACAGACCUAUGAGUUAGUGUGUGUGCUCCCCUGUUUAGAGGGAAACAUUGAAUAUAUUGAGUCACAGUGUGACUUGAUUCCUGUACUGAAAUCCCACUCUUGAGAAAUGUGGUGGUAUUGGUACUUUUCAGGAGGCUAGUGUAGCUCCAGCAUUAAAUUCCCUUCUUACUAGACUUUGCCAAUGGUGUUAAUUUGUAGAAUGCUUAGAUGUGUCUCUUACAACGUAUGUUACUCAAUUUUGUGAAAGAUACAGGCACCUGCAUCUGCAAGAUGGGAGAUGAUGGGCAGUGAUUACUAGCUUCUGCUGUUCUCCCCAUAAACAAAGGAGCAGUUGAGAAAUCCUAGUUGUAAAUUGGCUGAAUACUCUGUAGAAAACUCUGGAGGCAACUACAUGACCUCACUGCUUUUUUUAGCAGGUUUUAAGUUUACCUUUUUUAUACUAUUGUUUUAAUAAUUUGUACAUAAACCUGGCACUUUAAAGUUGAAAAUAAAAAAACAAACCUGUCUUGUAA